AUGUUCGCCGCUCGUCGUACCUUCAACCUUUUCCAGAAGCGUGCCUUCUCGGCCUCCGCUAGCAAUGCCUCCAAGGUUGCCGUUCUCGGUGCCGCCGGUGGUAUUGGCCAGCCUCUGUCGCUGCUCUUGAAGCUCAACCCCCGUGUUUCUGAGCUCGCCCUCUACGAUAUCCGCGGUGGACCCGGUGUUGCCGCUGAUCUCAGCCACAUCAACACCAACAGCACUGUCGCUGGUUACAACCCCGAUGCCAGCGGUCUCCGUGACUGCCUCGAGAACUCCGAGAUCAUUCUGAUCCCCGCUGGUGUUCCCCGUAAGCCCGGCAUGACCCGUGAUGACCUCUUCAACACCAACGCCUCCAUCGUCCGCGACCUCGCCAAGGCCGCUGCUGAGGCCGCCCCCAAGGCUCACGUCCUGGUCAUCGCCAACCCCGUCAACUCCACCGUCCCCAUCGUCUCCGAGGUCUACAAGGCCCGCGGUGUCUACGACCCCAAGCGUCUCUUCGGUGUCACCACCCUUGAUGUCGUCCGUGCCUCGCGCUUCAUCUCCGAGGUCCAGAAGACCAACCCCUCCGGCGAGGCCGUCCCCGUCGUUGGUGGCCACUCCGGUGUGACCAUCGUCCCCCUGCUCUCGCAGUCCAACCACCCCUCCAUCGCCGGCCAGGCCCGCGAUGCUCUCGUCAACCGCAUCCAGUUCGGUGGUGACGAGGUCGUCAAGGCCAAGGACGGUGCCGGUUCCGCCACCCUCUCCAUGGCCAUGGCUGGUGCCCGCUUCGCCGAGUCCCUCCUCCGCGCCGCCCAGGGCGAGAAGGGUGGCAUCGACUUCUUCGCCUCCAAGGUCGAGCUCGGCCCCAACGGUGUUGAGCAGAUCCACCCCGUCGGCGAGGUCAACGAGUACGAGCAGAAGCUCCUCGAUGCCUGCCUGGCUGACCUGAAGAAGAACAUCCAGAAGGGUGUCGACUUCGUCAAGGCCAACCCUUAA